GUAUACAAGAAUGUCUAGAAAUUUUAUAAAUAAUUUCAAAAGCUUACAUAUUUCAGAAAAUAUAUCUUAUUGCCUUUCUUUUAAAAUCAAUUUUAUGUACACUCACUUUUGUAGAUCCGCGUAGUAAUAUUUGGUUUUUGUAAAUUUGAGUGUAAUCCCUGAACACCGGUUCUUUGACCAUCUAUCGCAAAAUGUUUCCAAGUCGCUUCUUGUUCAUGGCACAAAAGCAGCAGCAGCGUUGGUUGUCUUCGGAUCGAAAACUGUCCUACCCUUUGAGGUCAGUACCUGUGGAGAUUUCGGCACGCAGCUCCUUCAGAAACGACCAGAAGAGACCACCGUUAUUGCUGGUCAAGAGCUUCUUCAAUCUGCGGCACAAGGACACCGGCUACGGGGAGGAUAUGUCGCGAGUUAAGGACGAGCUGAGUUUCCCACCGCACCGUAACAUCCUCAUCGACAUCCUUCAAUUGUCACAACGUCCAAUUGAAAUGGAUAGCGAUGCGGAUACGGUGACGAGGGAUCAGGUACUUCCGGUUCCGGCAUCGGUUUCGGUUCCGGAUCCAUGAGAUUCUAUAUGCUUUCAGGUAAAAAGUACUCAAGUCGAUGGAAUAAAAUGUAAUUUGCAGUUUGAAAUGUUUAUUUUGAAAUGAAAGAAGAGAAGAAAAUAUA